AUGGCAGUGUCACUAGGAGAUGUCGAAAAGCCAAAACGCACUAGAACCAACGUAAAGCAGUCUAAGUAUGGUUGUUUCACCUGCAAAGCCCGGCGCAUCAAGUGCGAUGAAGCCAAGCCUACAUGCCAACGCUGUCAAUCUUCAAAGCGCGAAUGCAAAGGUUAUCCUCGUGGAGCAUUUCUCGACUCACCGCCUGAUACUGCAAGCACAACCUCGCUAGUACCUUUGUCGGUUUCCCCUUCGUCAUCGAUAUCGUCCUCGACUUCAUCGGACAUCACUUCGCCUUUUAUGGACCUCUCUUUCGACCCUUUUCACCUGUCAAAUCCUUUUGUCAAUCUCGCCUGCGGUGUCCUGGUGCAGAGUCCUCGACGCGGCAGAAAUAACGUCGAACAAUCAUUCUGGACUCGGACUGUGCCUCAAUUGGUACAUACCGUUCCUUCGGUACGAGCUGCAGCCGAGGCGUUCGGGGCAUCUUACAACGAAUAUGUUCUCCGAGUAGACGAUUCUUGUUCCGGUCUCGAGACUACAAAGCGAUAUACUCAAGCUUUGAGGCUGGUGCAGCACGAUCUAGCUACUUUACAACACGGGCCUAUCUCUUGUAUCGUAGCUUGUUUAUUUCUUGCAUUCUCAGAAGCCAUACAACAGAAGCUGGAUGUCGGGUUAAUGCAUCUUCUGGGAGCAUUCUCUGUCAUGUUGUCGCGGACCGACAAGAAGCUGUUAGCUGAUGUCGAUACCCAGAGUCUGUCACUACUGUUGCAGAAGCUUGACCUUCAUGUCGCGACUUAUGGUGUCUGUCACCCUCCAGAAUUACCUCCACUUCCGCCAGUUACAACAAAUGUCGUCGAAUCACUUCCCCCAGACCAGGCUCUAUUUAAAAUCCUGCAUUCGUGCUACCACUUCGACGCAGAGGCAUCUACUUACAAGUACACCACUCGCCGGGCAAUUCCACCGGAGAUGCUGAUUGAGCAAGGUCGUCAACUCGCAACUCUGAAGCUGUGGUUAUCGUUCAACGAACUGCCUUCAACAUGGGACGCGACCACACACGAAUCCCUGGUAGUUCUACGCUCUCAAUGCCUGACCGCCUUGAUUCAUACAGCUACUAUUCUGGAGCCUCGCGAAACCGCGUACGACUGCUACGGCCCCGAAUUCCAGGAAAUCAUUACUACAAUAGAAACAUUGUUACUCAACAGAGAUCUACAGGUCGAUCUAUUAAGCAGUGCAUUGGGUCAACUUCCCUCUUUCAAUCCGGAGAUGUCGGUCUUUCAUCCAUUGUAUUACACCGCGAAGAAAUACCGGAAUGGAUUUUGGCGCCGGAGAGCAUUGGAAUUGAUCCUACGAAGCGGGAAAGAAGGACCAUGGUGUUCCAGGACAGAAGGUUCCUUGAUUGAAGUCGUCAUCAGAACGGAAGAAGGACAGUUUGACAAAGUGUCUUUGAAUCUCGGGAGAGCCGAGGAUCCCGCUCUUGAUUCUCCUUCUAACAUCCCUGAGAAGGACAGGAUCAAUGCGUGCUGGCCUAUUGACCCCGAUGCUGAAACGAGAGAAGCCACCAAGUUUACCAAGCAAAAGUUUAGCAAAGGUCUCAUGUAUAGGUGUAUUGAUGUGGACCGGCUUUUGGCUGCCGACGAAGCACAGAAGCCUCGGUCGUGGGCAUGGCUUAAAUCUGCGUGGUGGGAAAAGUGGACUGAGCCUCUUUAA